AUGGCUAAGUCAUUGAACAUUCUCAUCGUAGCAAUCUCCCUCGUCGCUUUAUUUCCUCUUUGUUUGUGUUCCAAAGCCUAUGGAACUAGCGGCUACCUCUUCCCUCAGUUUUAUGACCACUCGUGUCCUCAAGCUCAAGAGAUUGUUCAGUCUAUUGUUGCUAAAGCAUUCGCACACGACCCUCGCAUGCCUGCCUCUUUGCUUAGACUCCAUUUCCACGAUUGUUUCGUCAAGGGAUGUGAUGCGUCGAUACUAUUGGACAGUAGUGGAACCAUAAUCAGCGAGAAACGAUCAAACCCUAACCGAAACUCAGCCCGUGGUUUUGAACUCAUCGAGGAAAUCAAACAUGCCUUAGAACAAGAGUGCCCUGAAACAGUUUCUUGCGCCGAUAUCUUGGCUCUAGCCGCUAGAGACUCAACUGUCAUUACGGGUGGACCGAGCUGGGAAGUACCUCUAGGGAGAAGAGACUCGAGAGGAGCAAGCUUGAGUGGUUCCAACAAUGACAUUCCUGCUCCCAACAACACUUUUCAAACCAUCCUCACUAAGUUUAAGCGUCAAGGCCUCGAUCUCGUCGAUCUUGUCUCCCUCUCCGGAAGUCACACCAUCGGAAACUCGAGGUGCACAAGUUUCCGGCAGAGAUUAUACAACCAGUCCGGCAACGGAAAGCCUGAUCUCACCCUUAACCAAUACUACGCCUCCGUGUUACGUCAACAAUGUCCAAGAUCCGGCGGUGACCAAAACCUCUUCUUCCUCGACUUCGCGACGCCUUUCAAGUUCGACAACCAUUACUUCAAGAACCUGAUCAUAUACAAAGGACUAUUGAGCUCCGACGAGAUACUGUUCACGAAAAACAGAGAGUCAAAGGAGCUCGUUAAGCUCUACGCAGAGAAUCAAGAGGCGUUCUUCGAGCAGUUUGCUAAAUCGAUGGUGAAGAUGGGAAAUAUCUCUCCGUUGACUGGCGCCAAGGGAGAGAUCCGAAGAAUCUGUCGGAGAGUUAACCAUGCUUAUUAA